AUGACAGAAGUUCAUACUUUACAAGUCAAAAGUGGAAAAACCACCAACAGUCUGACCUUCAAAAACGAUGUUCUCUCACUUGGCAAGCGUAUCGACGUACCAUCUAGAAACAUUUUAGACGUUACUUUAAAAACCUCUUCACCAGAAAGUACUAAUGUACAUGUCGAAAUUCGGGCUCUAAUUCCUAGCAAAAACAACAAACUGAGGUUAUAUUGUCCAAGCUAUGAAGUGGUUGAACCGACAUCGGCGACUCCGUGGGUUGAAUUUGUUAAGAAUGUCGCGUAUAAAAAGGCGAAACCGUGCAAGCGUUUGAUGGUAUUUAUCAACCCCUUUGGUGGUACUGGCAAGGCAAAAAGAAUUUUUGACAGGGACGUUAAACCGAUUUUCGAUGCUGCUGGCUGUACAUACGAUAUAAUUGUGACCGCACAUAAAGAUGACGCGAAAGAAAAAAUUACUGAGGCUCCUGAACUCGAAAAGUAUGAUGUAAUAGUUGCA